AUGUUUGAGGGAGAUGUAAGCGAAGAGGAUUUUGAAAGAGAGCAGGCAGAACGUCGAGAAUAUGUCAAAAAUAUCGGUAUCGAAUACAGAUUUGGAUGCUACGAGGAAAAGCGGCCUGAAAUGUGUCAGUUGUUGGGGGAAUACAUGGAAGCUAUCGAACAAAAUUUCAAAGUUGCAUAUAACGUAUUUAAGACGAAUUGCCAAGAAAAGGGAUUUCCGAGAAGUUGUUUUAAGUAUGCUAUGUAUCUUCUAGCUGGAAGAGAGUGUGAACGUAGCCAAAAAAUGAUGAUCGAACCGCUGGAGAAAUCAUGUGAAGCUAAUAUGCCAGAAGGAUGUCGUUUUUUAUCAUUAGUUUAUUGGAAUGGUGAAAAAGAUAGAAAGCCCAAUUCUGAACUGGCUGAGAAAUAUAUGAAAAAAGCGUGUGAGCUGGAAGAUAUGAAAGCAUGUUGGUUGUUAAGUACUUGGUAUAUUGGACAUGAUGCUGAAUUCGUUACUUUGGAUGCAAAAAAGGCUAAGCAUAGUUCACACCUGGGAGAACUUCCACGAAAUAUCGAUUUAGCUAUCAAAUAUGGUAUCCGUGCUUGUAAUUUUGGUUGCUUCCAAUCGUGUGGAAAUGUUUCCAGGUUAUAUGGCCUAGGUGAUGGAGUUGAGUAUGAUCCAGUUAAAGCGAAAUUUUACUUGAAUAAAGCAAAAGAAGCUUAUAAACGUGCCCUGUCAGGUGAUAAAGUGAAUUUCACUGGUUAA